GAAAGCCAAUGACCUUAACGUCGUGAAGAGAGACGAAGCAAACGCAGAACUCCCUUCGAACACAACACGCUUAAGGAAAAAAAUCCCCAAAAAAAAUCCCCCUCCCACCCUUCUAUUUUUCUCUCUCCGAGAAAUUCCCAGAUCUCUUUCCCUCUUUUUUUUAUUUCUCUCAACUCCCCACAUCCCUAAUUUUUUAAAUUUACAGAAGAUCGGGGGUUUAAUCGAGAGUUAAUCAUGUUUAACCGGCUUUUCGGGAAACCCAAGCAGGAAACAAAUGCUCUAACCACGUUAGAUAAGUUAAAUGAGACCCUUGAUAUGUUAGAGAAAAAGGAAAAUGUACUUGUGAAAAAGGCUGCUGCAGAGGUUGAAAAGGCGAAGGAAUUUGCCAAAGGGAGAAACAAGAGAGCGGCUAUACAGUGCUUGAAGAGGAAGAAACUAUAUGAACAGCAAAUAGAACAGCUUGGAAACUUCCAGCUUCGUAUACAUGAUCAAAUGAUAAUGUUAGAAGGUGCCAAAGCCACAACUGAGACUGUAGAUGCAUUGAGAACUGGAGCAGCUACAAUGAAGGCAAUGCAGAAAGCAACGAAUAUAGAUGAUGUUGACAAAACAAUGGACGAGAUCAAUGAACAAACUGAGAACAUGAAACAGAUUCAAGAAGCACUGUCAACUCCUAUUGGAGCUGCUGCUGAUUUUGACGAGGAUGAAUUGGAAGCGGAACUUGAAGAACUUGAAGGUGCUGACUUGGAAGAACAGCUUCUCCAGCCUGCAACAACAGCUCCUGCAGCUACAGUGCAGGUGCCGGCUGGCAGGCAACCAGCUCGGCCUGUUCCUCAAAAGCGCACAGCUGAGGAAGAUGAACUUGCUGCAUUGCAGGCAGAGAUGGCACUUUAAGGCAUCUAGUAGAGAACUGAUUUUGUUGCUGUUUGCAGGUCAUGUUGCAAAACAUGAAAGAGAGGCCAUAUCGUAUUAUUGAACCUUCUCCUUUAAAUUUGUGUGCCUUGAAUGUUUUACAGACAAUGUACAUAAAGAUUGCAUGAACUAAACGUUGUACUCUGCUUCCUGGAAUCUGUUCCCUCUUUUUUCUCUUUUUGUUGUUCGUCCAAUAAACACCCAUUCUGCU